GAGGGAGGACCAGGGCAGUGUGUGGGGAGAGAGAGAGCAACAACGGAGCCACUUCAGCCGAGCUACCGCUGCCUGGCCCCCGGCCAGGGGGUACGGUUCUCCGCGAAGGAUUGGCUCGUCUUUCCCUCUCCCUCCUCCCUCCCUCUCCCUCUCUCUCUCUCUCACUCUCACUCUUCGUUUUUCUCCGGCUCCCAGAGAUACGCACAUAACACACCAGGCAGACAACACCCCCGGGCUAAGAGGCCAACUCAAAAAACAGCCGAGACGGGAUUCCGCAACAGCCGGGGAGGAAAACUUCCCCGCUUGUCUGCCUGAGGGCUGUCAUUUCUCCCGGUUCGUGGUGUUUAUUUUCCCUGAGAGGCGCGGAGGAGGAGGAGGGGAGACGGCACAAGUUUUUUUUUUCUUCACUUACUUGCUGAAGUUCGGACCGGACCCGACCCGACCCGACCCGUCGCACGGCGCUAUGCGGACGGACCGCCGGGCGCGGACGGUCCCGUUGCCCCUCCGUCUGGCGUGAAGGAGCCGCCGCCGAGCUUGAGGGGGGUUGGUUUUGGCAGUAGCCGGUGUUUGGACGGGCGGAGAGUUUCCGCGGGAGGCAGCCUCCCCGAACCGAGCUUGGGUGGUGCGGGGAGCCCGAGGCUGGCUUGAGAAGGGACCGUAAGAGAGAGGAGAGGCCGUCGUACGGCUCUCUUUCCGGCGAGGCUCCCUCCUCCUCCUCCCCCCCCGAUCUCACCCCGCAUCGGCGGGCCGAGGAUGCCAGCAUGAGCCCCCGUCUCCUCCUCCUCCUCCUCCUGUGGCUGGUCGUGCAGCGCCUGGGGCGGGCGGCCGAGCGCCCCUCGGCCCGGGAGCGCUUCAAGGUGGUCAUCGCGCCGCUCAUCUGCAAGCGGACCUGCCUGAAGGGCCAGUGCCAGGACACCUGCGAGCAGGGCAGCAACACCACGCUCAUCGGCGAGAACGGCCAGUCCGCCGACACGCUCACCGGCAACGGCUUCAGAGUGGUGGUGUGCCCCCUCACCUGUCUGAACGGCGGGCAGUGCAGCUCCCGCAGUCACUGCCUGUGCCCGCCCGGCUUCACGGGCCGCCUGUGCCAGUUCCCCCUCCACCAGGGCGGGCAGGGGGCGGGCGCGGGGGGCCCGGCUGGCGGGGCGGGGGAGCAGCAGGGGGGCAAGCACGGCGCGUACGCCCCCCAGGUGCUGCCUGAUGCCAAGAACCCGGGAGAGCAGCCUGGCGCGGGCGGCCAGCUGGCACAGACCCACUCCACCUUCACCCUGCCGAUGGGGCCCGGCGCCGGACACCACUCUUCAGAAGUGCAGGUCAAGGUGCGGGUGCACCACCCGCCGGACGCCUCCGUCGUCAUCCAGCCCUUCGAGCAGCCGGAGUCCAAGGCCUCCCACAAGCCCCCGGCCCGCCUCCCGCCCCAGACGCACAAGCCCCGGGGGCGGUGCUUCCAGGAGACCACGCCCAAGCAAGCCGUGAGCCCCGCCCCCCCUCCGCCGUCGCCCGGGACGCACGCGCAGGCCGCUGAGGCGCGUUUCCGGUCUCACAGGCUGGGGUUGACAAACUCCGGAGUCCCCAAGACCGGAUCCAUCAUCGGGGAGGUGGGCCCCACGUGUCCCCAGGGCUACAAGAGACUCAACAGCACGCACUGCCAAGACAUCAACGAGUGCACCAUGCAGGGCGUGUGCCGGAACGGCGAGUGCCUGAACACUCAGGGCAGCUUCCGCUGCGCCUGCAAGCCCGGCUUCGUCCAGGAGAGGGCGCGCUGCGUGGACGUUCCGGGAGAAACGGGGCCCUGCUACCGCAUGGUGACGGUGGAAGGCCAGUGCGAGCACGCCCUGCCCACCGAGCUGACCCAGGAGAUGUGCUGCUGCACCGUGGGCAAGGCCUGGGGCCGGGGUUGCGAGACUUGCCCGCAGGUUGGCACAGCUUCCUUCACCAAGAUCUGUCCGGCAGGGAAGGGCUACAGCCUGCAGAGUUACCGGCAAAUCGUGUCCAUUCAGCCCCAGAACUUCCACCCGGGAGCAGCUGAGCAGGGCCCCAAGCAGCCUGGCAAGCCUGCCCUGACGCCCAAGCCCAUGGAGCCAGAUCGCAAACCCACGCCUCCCCGGAAGAAUGAUUCUGAGGACCCGGAGGCGACCACCGUGGUCCAGCCGGCGUCCAGCAGCACCCACCGUCCACGCUUGCAAGAGGUCAUGUCCAGGCCCACCCUUUCUCCCGUGGUGAACGUGCCGGCGGAACCGCACCCCAAGAUGCCAAUGGAGAUCGGGCAGACCAAGUUCACCCAGACGGACGAAUGCAGGCUGAACAGGAACAUCUGUGGCCACGGAGAAUGCAUCAACUCUGCCAACGGCUUCGCCUGCCUCUGCAACACUGGGUACAAGGCUCACGCCCAGAGGAAGUACUGUGUGGACGACAACGAGUGCGAGGCGGAGCCCUGCGGCAGUGGGCGGGGCCAGUGCAUCAACACGGGCGGGUCC